AGUUUGACAGACAAAACCACACUUAUUGAUAAAAUAAUUUUCAUGCUUAAUUUGUGAAAUUGUGUAUUCAAGCAUUUUGUUAAAUUAAUUUAAAUUCAACAAUGAAAGAAGAUUACUUGAGUCAACCACUUAAUAUUAAGUCCGGGGAAAAAAGUUCUACGGAUCAAUAUGUUCGUCAACAGUCAUCAGUUGCAUCUUUCUCACCGUAUCUCAACUACGAUCCACGUGUAUUUUCACAACAAACCCAGCCUGAAUUUAUUUUCCCGGAAGGUGCGGGAAAACAACAGCGCGGACGCUUUGAGUUAGCGUUUUCACAAAUUGGUUCUGCAGUCAUGAUUGGAGCUGGUUUAGGAGGCAUGGUUGGACUAUAUAAUGGUAUUGCGGCAACUAGUAUGGCAAAUCAGUCCGGUAAAUUAAGACGUACACAGCUCCUAAACCAUAUUAUGAAACAAGGUUCAGCAACUGGAAAUUCAUUGGGUUCAAUUACUGUUAUAUAUUCUGUGUUUGGAGUUCUUUUACAAUUUGUACGUGGAAAAGAUGAUGAAACAAAUACAGUGUUGGCUGGUACUUCAACUGGUCUUUUAUAUAAGUCCACAGCUGGUCUUAGGCGUUGUGCUGUUGGAGGAGCCAUGGGAUUGACAAUUUCUGGGCUUUUUUGUGCAUAUUCAAUAAUGACAUCAAAUGGAAAGAAUAAACAGUUCUUAUAAAAUCUAAACCUCAUAAGAUUUUAUUGCAAAUUCAGGAUGGUGAAAUGUAGUAAAAACGAAAAAUCUUGUUCAAUUUAUUUCAAAUUAAAGUUUCAUUUUAGCGAAUAAAAAUGAUAUAUAGUAUAAUUAUUCUCUUAACCUAUUUGUACUUCGUGCUUGCACUAUGUUUAUGAAAAAAACGGAACACCAUAGAAUAAAUGUUCCAAUAGAUGAUAGAAUUCCUAAAUUCAAACACCACGAUGUAUCAAUACGAUCGAUUCUUCGUCUAUCGAAGCUAACAUCGGAAAAUAAAAAGUCCCUGGUAAUAGAA